CCGAAAUACAGCUGAAGUAUUUUAUUAUUCGAGUAAAUAUAGAACUGAUCAGAAUGUGUGACGAAGCACCCAUUAGCGACUGUGAGCCGAGCACAUCGAGCCUGCCCUUCAACGCCUACCACAUCCACUUGCCGCUGUACAUCAUGGACAUGGUGCGCGUCUUUCAGGACCAUCCCGAAUACGCCGAUGGAAUAAAGGAAUCAACUAUCAUAGAGAUGCUAAAGAAGGAACCAUUUGCCUGUGGCGAUCUUGAAGCUCAGGUGAAGACUGCCCUCAUGGACCUCACUGCCAAGGGGUUCGUACGUUACAUGAACAAUGGGUAUCGCACCCUGGGACCCAUUGCGAAGCUGUCCAAUUCCCGAUCUGCUCGCCACUUCAACCAAACCUGGCAACGCAUUGCCGCCCUGCAGAAGCCCCACGGCGCCAGCCCGCAGGCUACCCCCAGCACUGGAUCCAACUGCUGAGGAUGGACGGAGAGCUUUAAACUCUCCCCUUGAACACAUUUAUUGCGUUGCUUGUUUCGUUUAAUGAGUUGAGUUUCUACAAACAUAAGCAGACAAUUGUACACCCACCCACACAGCAAUCGAAAUUGUAUCCGUGUAGUAAAAUUCAUGCUAAGGCCAGCAAAUCAAGCUGCAA